CUUUAGAGAGAGAGGGAGAGAGAGGACGAGGACAGGCAGAGAACCAGAGGCAACACUAUAGAGAGGCAGAGGACGAACACUCCACAACAUAACAGGAGAUACAUGCAGGAGCAGCAGUCUGUUGGAAGGCAGAAGCAGAGAUAGAGCAGGGGAGUAAGACAAACGUGUUAUUAACAGCCUGAGGGUUUGUGUGUGUGAGUGUGUGUGUGAGCUCAGUCUAAGUGUGUUUCCACGGUUCUCCUGAGGCCGUGGCAGCUAUGGCGUCAGAGCCUAGCACCCAGUCCAGGGUGAUGUUCCAGACGACGGACAAAACAGAGGAGCCAGCACACCGCAAGCUGGGAAAGCUGACAGUUAAAUACAAUCGCAAGGACCUGCAGAGGAGGCUGGAUAUUGAGGAGUGGAUCGACGACCAGCUGCACCUGCUGUUUGACUGUGAGGAAGAAGAGAUCCCAGAGUUAGAGAUUGACAUAGAUGAGCUGCUGGAGCUUUCAGAUGAGGGCCAGAGAACUAGGUUGCAGGAGUUGUUGCAGGAAUGCGGUAAGCCAAAAGAGGAUUUUAUCAACGGGCUGCUCUACAGGAUAAAGGGUCUACGCAAAAUGUCAGGGCCUUUAAAGAAAUAAUCAUAGGUCAAAUGGAGAAUUGAGAGAAUGUGAAGCCUCUGAUCUUCCUAUCUCCCACAUGUUAACUGUUUUGGAUGCCUGUAAGUGCAGUUCAGAUGUUAGUGGGACUCUCUUCCUGCCCCCUGCCCCUUUCCCAGUUCAACUUCAGUCUAACACCACAACAGCUGGGUUUAGAAUGAUUUUUUUUUACUUAAAUUUAUAGACUGCUAUAACAUUUUGUCUCCCCUACACAUACCAAUAAUGCACACGUGAUAAAAGAUGUAAUAGCUAUAGCUCAGAUGGACUGUUUUUUUUUUUUGUGUAAGACUGUACAUUUUCGGUUGCCUAUUUAUGUAAAUAAAUAUUUUUGUUCUCAUAA